AUGUCGUCCGGUGCCAAGGAGGGGGGCGGGGGCUCUCCCGCCUACCACCUCCCCCACCCACACCCACACCCACCCCAGCACGCCCAAUAUGUGGGCCCCUAUCGGCUGGAGAAGACGCUGGGCAAAGGACAGACAGGGCUGGUUAAACUCGGAGUCCACUGCAUCACGGGUCAGAAGGUUGCCAUCAAGAUCGUGAACCGGGAGAAAUUAUCCGAGUCGGUGCUGAUGAAGGUGGAGCGGGAGAUCGCCAUCCUGAAGCUCAUUGAACAUCCACACGUCCUCAAGCUCCAUGACGUCUACGAGAACAAGAAAUAUUUGUACCUGGUUUUGGAGCAUGUCUCUGGGGGUGAGCUGUUCGACUACCUGGUAAAGAAGGGGAGACUGACACCCAAGGAGGCUCGGAAGUUCUUCCGCCAGAUCGUGUCAGCGCUGGACUUCUGCCAUAGCUACUCCAUCUGCCACAGAGACCUAAAGCCUGAGAACCUGCUUUUGGAUGAGAAAAACAACAUUCGCAUUGCAGACUUCGGCAUGGCAUCCCUGCAGGUGGGAGACAGCCUCCUGGAGACCAGCUGCGGGUCCCCCCAUUAUGCGUGUCCAGAGGUGAUCAAGGGGGAAAAGUAUGAUGGCCGCCGGGCAGAUAUGUGGAGCUGUGGAGUGAUCCUCUUCGCCCUGCUUGUGGGGGCUCUGCCCUUUGAUGAUGACAACCUCCGCCAGCUGCUGGAGAAGGUGAAGAGGGGCGUCUUCCACAUGCCCCACUUCAUUCCUCCAGACUGCCAGAGCCUCCUGAGGGGAAUGAUCGAAGUGGAGCCCGAAAAAAGGCUCAGUCUGGAGCAAAUUCAGAAACAUCCUUGGUACCUAGGCGGGAAACACGAGCCUGACCCAUGCUUGGAACCAGCCCCAGGUCGCCGGGUAGCCAUGCGGAGCCUGCCAUCGAACGGAGAGCUGGACCCCGACGUCCUAGAGAGCAUGGCGUCACUGGGCUGCUUCAGGGACCGUGAGCGGCUGCACCGCGAGUUGCGCAGUGACGAGGAGAACCAAGAAAAGAUGAUAUAUUAUCUGCUUUUGGAUCGGAAAGAGCGGUAUCCCAGCUGUGAGGACCAGGAUCUGCCUCCCCGGAAUGAUGUUGACCCACCCCGAAAGCGUGUGGAUUCCCCCAUGCUGAGCCGUCACGGGAAGCGGCGGCCAGAGCGGAAGUCCAUGGAAGUCCUGAGCAUCACGGAUGCUGGAGGUGGUGGCUCCCCUGUGCCCACCCGACGGGCUUUGGAGAUGGCCCAGCACAGCCAGAGAUCCCGUAGCGUCAGUGGAGCCUCCACUGGUCUGUCCUCCAGUCCUCUAAGCAGCCCAAGGAGUCCGGUCUUUUCCUUCUCACCGGAGCCAGGAGCUGGAGAUGAGGCCCGAGGUGGGGGCUCCCCGACUUCCAAAACACAGACACUGCCUUCUCGGGGCCCCAGGGGCGGGGGCACUGGAGAGCAGCCCCCACCCCCCAGUGCCCGCUCCACACCCCUGCCUGGCCCUCCAGGCUCCCCACGCUCCUCGGGGGGGACCCCCUUGCACUCGCCUCUGCACACACCCCGGGCCAGCCCCACCGGCACUCCAGGGACAACGCCACCCCCCAGCCCCGGCGGUGGUGUCGGGGGAGCCGCUUGGAGGAGUCGUCUCAACUCCAUCCGCAACAGCUUCCUGGGCUCCCCUCGCUUUCACCGGCGCAAGAUGCAGGUCCCCACAGCUGAGGAGAUGUCCAGUUUAACACCAGAGUCCUCCCCAGAGCUGGCAAAACGCUCCUGGUUUGGGAACUUUAUCUCCUUGGACAAAGAAGAACAAAUAUUCCUCGUGCUAAAGGACAAACCUCUCAGCAGCAUCAAAGCAGACAUUGUCCAUGCCUUCUUGUCGAUCCCCAGCCUGAGUCACAGUGUGCUGUCACAGACCAGCUUCAGGGCCGAAUACAAAGCCAGUGGUGGCCCCUCCGUCUUCCAGAAGCCUGUCCGCUUCCAGGUGGACAUCAGCUCCUCUGAGGGUCCAGAGCCUUCUCCCCGACGGGACGGCAGUGGUGGUGGUGGCAUCUAUUCUGUCACCUUUACUCUCAUCUCCGGUCCCAGCCGUCGAUUCAAGCGAGUGGUAGAGACAAUCCAGGCACAGCUGCUGAGCACUCAUGACCAGCCUUCCGUGCAGGCCUUGGCAGAUGAGAAGAAUGGGGUCCAGACCCGGCCUGCUGGUACCCCACCCCGAAGCCUACAGCCCCCGCCUGGCCGCCCAGACCCAGAGUUGAGCAGCUCUCCCCGCCGAGGCCCCCCCAAGGACAAGAAGCUCCUGGCCACCAAUGGAACCCCUUUGCCCUGACCCCAGGGGGCCGGGGAAGGAGGGAAGGGAGCCCCCCCAACCCCCUUCCCUGCCCCCCCAACUGUGAAUCUGUAAAUAAGGCCCAAGGAGUAUGUUGGGGGCGGGG